UUUGUUGCUGUCUACUAUCACGGUGUAUGGCUGUGAAUGCAGUUAGCUAACGCGUGUUUGUAGCAGAAAUGUGAGAAAGAUGGCGACGUUGAAAGAGGAACAGUCUUACGGGCUAUCUUGUGGUAGACUGAGCAAUGGCAGCAACACCUCGAUAUUUCACGUCAAACUCACUGACAGCGCGCUAAGAGCCAUCGAAAGCUAUCAAAGUAGCAAGGGGUCAACUGCACAUCCUUCCAUCCGUUUUACCGGAAACCAAGGGAAAAUCUCCAUACCUCGCGGCCAGACCUCGGAAGACUAUGUGACGUUCACCUUCUACCUGUCCCACGUGGGGCGGGACAACCCUCAGGGAAGCUUUGACUGCAUCCAGCAGUACGCCACAUGUGAUGGAGCUGAGGAGCUUGACUGCCGGGGCGUGAUCCAGGACAAGAUUACGGUGAACGCCACGGACGACUCCUACCAGAAGGCCCGGCAGAACAUGGCCCAGGUGGAGGAGGAGACGCGGCGGCGAGGCGCCAUCGUCAUCAAGCAGGGCCGAUACAUGAGCAAAAAAGUCCAGAUCCGUAAGCCGCCGGCCGGCCUAACUGAUGUGGUGGCCCCUUCCCGGCGCGUGUCUCGGCCCGUCCUCAUCUCCAGCAGCGGCGGCGGCGGCAGCAGCAGCAGCCCGAGGCGGCCCGGUGGUCUGCUGCGGCCGCCCCAGGAGAAGGUGAAGGUGGCGGGGCUGCCCCUGCGCGAGCGCCUCACCCACCUGCUGGCGCUCAAGCCCUACCGCAAGGCCGAGCUCAUCCUGCGGCUGCAGCGAGACGGCCUGGCCCCGCAGGAGAGGGACACGCUGGACGGACUGCUGACACAGGUGGCUCACCUGAGCGAGAAGGACAACACGUUCACGCUGAAGGACGGCCUGCUGAAGGACGUGCGGAAAGACUGGCCCGGCUACUCGGAGGGAGACCGACAGCUCCUCAAGAGGAUCCUCAUCACCAAGAGCAGGAAGUUGGGUCGGGUCCAGAAUCUUCGGUCGUCACCAGCGACAGUGGAAGUAACGAGGAGCCCACAGAGGGAGCAGGCUAGCUCAUCACCCUCACAGAAACGGCCACAGCCUGACUACAUUGACCCGUUAGCCAAUAAGAAGCCCCGGAUCUCCCACCUCCUGAGUCGCGCUCCGGCUCAAGUGAAUGGCGGGCUGCUGCGGGAGAGAGAGGCCAGCCCUGUUUCCACGACGACGGAGCCCCGUGUCCCCAGGCUGGAGCUCCCGCGCCCGUGCGAGCCUCUGUCGGACGUGAGCAGCGACUCGGCGCCCAGCGGCAGAGACGGCGAGGGCUCGGACGCCGUCGGCGCCGUCGCCGUCAGCGCGGCCGACAGGCUAGGGCCCACGCUGGCCGUCGGCACGGCGACGCGUCCCUCCCUUCCCCCGCCCCCGCCCUGCCAGCCCGCUGCGGCCACUCCCACCACCACCCUGCACAAGAGCAAGAGCCGGAAGAAGUCCAAAAAGCACAAGGAGAGGGAGCGCGAGAGCAGACGCUCGAAAGACAGACACGGCGCGAGAGGGAGGGACACCGAGACGAGUACUGAGGACGCCAGGAGCCGUGAUCCGGGGAGAGGCCCAGCAGAUGUCAACAGCACAUAUGAACACUCGAGUGGUGCCACAGAGAUGUUGGUCCCAGAAGACUAUUUAGAGAACUACAAGUCAAUUGCUUCCCAGGAGCAGCGUCAGAGGUACAAGAACGACUUCAAUGUAGAGUACAAUGAGUACCGGGCCCUGCACGCCCGCAUUGAGGGGGUGACGCGGCAGUUCACCGUGCUGGAGGGCCAGCUCAAACAGCUGCAGCAGGGCUCCGACCAGUAUCAGACGAUUCACAACCAGAUACUUCAAGAGUAUCGCAAAAUCAAAAAGUCAAAUCCAAACUACAGUCAGGAUAAGAACCGCUGUGAAUACCUACACAACAAACUCGCAUACAUAAAGAAAACCAUCGCAGAGUAUGAUCACAAGCAGUUGUAACACAUCUGUGGUGGGACAUGAGGCAAUCAGAAAAAAAAAACAGACAAGAUUCCCAAGGAGCCAAGAAGUGGAUCGUCAUCCAGUAUUUUGUUCAGGCUUGUCCAGAUAUGUUGCUCCUUCUGUUGGAUUAUGUUGGAACACAUGCAUUAAAAUUGGGGCCUUUUCCCCAUGUGAGUUUUUUUUUGGUUGUUUGUUUAAGUAGAUGUCUGAUGACCCAAAGACAAAAAAAAAUCUCUCUGAUGCAAUCUUGCUGUUUUCUGAGGGUGAAGUGCUGUUGGGUUGACUACAGAACUGAACUUGGCGUUACACUGUUACUCCCUUCUGCUGGAUGACCAACGUUUGCUACAGAGAUUUCUGGACUGUUCCGCGUCAAAUCACAAUCAGUGAUGGAUCCUUGCACAUGGAUUUUACGAAGUGCUAGAAUAAGAAGCUAUUCAGCCAGCCUGUGUUGUCAGACUAUGACUACCGUGUAUUGUUAUGUUCUGUUUUAAUUUAUUGUUUUGUUGUUUAAUUGCAGAGUUCAUUCUGCAGAAGUGUUCUUUGUUCUCUGAUGGGUCUGCACACACUUCCCGAUUGUAUUAAAGAAAAUUAAUCAUA